AUGCAGAGGCUGGAGCUGAAAGAUAUGAAGCUUUGGCUGGGUGUCUGGAUUGAUAAUAAUGCCACCACCAACGACCGCCAGAUGGAGCAGCUGUACGAGAUCGUCCGAGAAACCAAAAACAAAUCCGUCUUCAUGGGUGUCAUCGUCGGAAACGAAGUGCUUUACCGCGGCAAAAACUCCAACUCACCCCUAACCACCACCACCGCACUGGUAAAAUACAUGCAGGAAGUCAAGUCCCAGCUGAAAUCUAUGGGCGCCGAUAUGCCCGUUGCCACCUCUGAUCUGGGCGAUAACUGGACCCCCGAACUGGCCAAGGAAGCCGAUGUCGUCAUGGCGAAUCCCUGA